AUGGCAAAACGGACUGAUGAUGCCGGCGUAACAUUUGAGAAUGUACCAAGUCGACUGUCUGCGGCUGGGCGUCAUGACAACUAUUGUGGCAGACGACUUCGGACUAGGUGCGUUCUACAUAGUCGCCUUGACAACAAGACCAAGUUGCGACAACGAGGUCAACCCUCUUUUAUACAUCGAAAGAAGACUGCGACCAUUCCAGAGGCCACAACAUCUUGGUGGUCAUAUCUUCAAUUAAAUUGCUCCUCCUCGCAAUUGCCGGAUGUCUGGAUGGAGGCAUGA